CGAGGGGGAAGAACGCUGGAAGCGAACGUUCAUGGAAAGUUUGGAAACUAACGUUAACCAACGAUAGCAGGAGGAAGAAUAAAACCGGAAGACUUUUAUCGUUAACUCUGAAAAUCUUCAAAGACAACAAAGAGUCAUGGACUCUAGGGCCGUCCGUAAGGAGCAGGUUUCACAGGGGUUGCCUGCGGGGGCGAGCGGUGUGAUGACGGGAAACGUCUUGAGUGACUGGAGCGUUGCCUUCUUUGAUCUGCAGAAGAAACGCCGGGAGGAGGAAGAGCUUAACGCAAAGACCGAGGAACGCAAACAGUUGUUGGAGAGUUUGCAACAGCGGAUAGAUGAGUUGCAUAUGGAGGUUAAAGUUAAAACAGAGGAGGAGUUAUACUCAUCCUUUGAUCUGUUUCGCAAGAAGGAAGAUGCUAAUCAAGCUGCUGAGAAAGCAGAGAGGGAUAGGGAAGAGGGGCUUCAAAAGGAGGCAGAGAUAAAGAGGCUGAAGGAGGAGUAUGCUGAAAUGAUGGAGAGGAAACAGGAAGUAGAGCGUCAGGUGCAGAGACACACUGUGUAUCGGGACUUCAUGGAGUGUGUGGUCAAAAUGACGAAGUUCGAAGAUGUGCAGCUGCUCACGGGUCAUUUAGAGAGUCUUCUCCACUUUAGAGACCAGUUCUAUCGGAGGGAGAGUGAGGCGCAGGAACAGGCCGACCAGCAGAGAAAAGCACUGCUGACACUGGAGGACCAGCAUCACUUGCUGCGGCUGCACAAGAACAACCAGCUGUCCCAGCUCCAGACCGAGCUAGAGAAGACCCGUUCUGAAGCUCAAACAUGGGAAAGAAAGUGGAACCACAUUCAGGAAACAGCAGCAAAGAAAACACUCCUACUGGGACAGAUUAAGAUGGCGACCCUCAACCUCUAUGAAAUGACAGAAGACAUGAUAGAAGGAGAGGAGGGUGUGGAUAUGAAUGAUACAGAGAAACAGCUGGACAUGGUCAAGAUGUUCAUCCAGGACCACGAUGACAUAGUUAGACAACAUCAGACUCCCUCACAAAGACACAACAAUGGACAGAAAAGAGAGAAGGCAAAAAAGCGCAUCGUAACUUGUAUAAAAAAAUGUAAUAAACAUUAAGGUGUUUCAGUUUAACCCUAAA